AGUCGAAAAUCAUAAACAUCCUUUCCCAAAUUCGAACUUCAGUUGACUCGAAAUUCUCAGGAGCAAUUCGUCGAGCAAAUCAAUUACAAUUACAAAAACCUAAAAAUGAAUUUAUACAGACUUGACUACUCGCUUCUUGAUAUGGGAUUCGCCGAUCCUUCUUUCCUCUUCGAAUACCAUGAAAAUUCAGCUGGGUCUUCAAUUUCGGCAAUUGAAAGGAACAAGAUUGAUCGUGGUAAUAUAAAUGACUGUCCUCCGAAGAAUCGGUACGAUGGAACUUCUCCACUUCCUCUCGGCAUGGAUUGGAGGCCUUCUCCACUUAAUUGGGAUGAGCGAAAUACUCUCUGGCCACAUGAUUUUCGAACAAGAUGGAGUUAUAGUGUCACGGUUCCUUCUUGGACCAUCUUAUCUAACCCACAUGGUUCGGACCCUGUUGUGUUUUACAGGGUUCAAGUUGGUUUACAGUCACCAGAAGGGGUUACCACUACACGAGGAAUACUAAGAAGAUUCAGUGAUUUCUUGAAGCUCUCGUCCGAUCUCAAAAGAGCUUAUCCGAGGAAAAAAAUGCCCCCAGUUCCGCCCAAGGGGCUUUUAAAAAUGAAAAAGAGGGAGCUUCUGGAGGAACGUAGGUUUUCUUUGGAGGAUUGGAUAGUGAAAGUACUUUCCGAUAUUGAUUUGUCAAGAAGUGCUUCUGUAGCAUUUUUUCUUGAAUUGGAAGAAGCUGCAAGGUCGUCAUUCUAUGAGUCUAGUCAUCAAGGGUCAUAUGUAAAUUUGGCUGGCAAUAGUAACAUUCCAUCAUAUCCGAUUUCUAGCCACUCAACUGUCUCUUCUAUUACGGGCACAUCUGCCAUAACGUCGAGUUGUCGUGAUGAUUAUGCUUAUGAGACAUCUCAGAUCGGGACACCUAAACAUUGGAAGGAUAAUAACUCUGAACUUGGCAUGGAAAAAGCAGCAUCUGACCAUGAUUUAGCUAGUCCAGCAGAAGCAACAAUAAACGAAGUCUUGUCUGGAAAUGAUGAUGCUAAGCUCCCAAAGGAGUUCAUGCAAGGGAAUCAAGAAAAAGAUUUGCAUAGUGAAUUGUUUCAUGGUAGAGUUAACAGUGGUAUAGAUAGGAACGAGAUUUACAGAGAGAAUUCUAAAGCGGUAUCCCUUCAUGAGUACGGAAUGGAAAUCUCCUCAGGAUCUGAAAAUCCCACAAUAGUUAACCAUUGUUUGUCGAGAGAAAGCCCUGAGAAUGUCACAGGUUCGCCCACACCAGGUGAAAUGUUAAAUUUGUGGGAGGCACGACAAAUUAGCGAUACUACAUCUGAACUCUCUCGAAGUGCUGAAGCUUUUGAAACCAUGGAUACGCUUGUAAGCUCAGCUUUACAGUUUUCACAUGAGACUUUACUUGUUCUUCCAACAGAUAAACAGCAGAAAAUGAACAGGCUUCUCACUACUAUGCAACAACGGUUAGCCACGUCAAAGACAGAUAUGGAAGAUCUUGUAACAAGAUUAAAUCAAGAGCUUACUGUAAGACAAUAUCUCACAACAAAGGUCAAAGAUCUUGAAAAUGAACUGGGAUCUACAAAGCAGACUGGCAAAGAAAAUCUGGAGAAGGCUAUUCUAAUUGAAAGGGAAAAGUUUACUCAAAUGCAGUGGGAUACAGAGGAAUUCAGAAGAAAGUGUAUGGAGAUAGAGUUGAAAUUGAAAGCUGAGCAGGACAAAAAUGCUCAUCUUGAAUCAACAAGAACUUCAAUCAUUCAAGAGAAUGAAGCAUUGCGGCAAGAGUUAGAUAUUACCAAAGAGCAGCUUGAGAGCUUGCUGAAGCAUCGUGAAGAGUCAGACUUGAAAUCAAAAGCAGAUGUUAAACUUCUUGUCAGGGAAGUUAAAUCACUUCGAAGUUUUCAAUUGGAAUUGAAGCAGGAGGUUGGCAGGUUGGCCAAAGAGAGAACCGAAUUUGAGAGGAUACUACAGGAGGAAAGGCAAAAAUCGGAAUAUACAGAUGCUGCCAAUGCAAAAUUGGUGCAUGAAUGUGAGAUUCUUCGCAGUCGGCUUGAAGAAUGCAGUGUGAAUUUUCUCGCUGAGGAAGAAAAUAAACUGAAAAUGGAUACUUUGUCUAAAUCUGAGGCUGUCGGCCUGUUGGCUACAUCAGAUAAUCGUAUUGGACUUCUUCUUGCAGAGGCGCAGCUUCUUGCAAAAGAUGUUGAUAAUUCUGGCACCAUCAGAAGUCCAGAUGGUGGCAGUACGAGGACAAGAGAUGCUGAAUUGAGGAAGAUGCUGACAGACGUUCUAAUUGACAACGCGAAAUUGAGGAAACAAGUUAACUCUGUAACUCUUUGCACUGUUCAAGAUGAGAAACGGGCCUCUAGACAGCUCUGAAGCCCCUUCAAGAAAAACUGUUCUUGGCAAGUUCUUGUAAUGUAAAAACAGAAUGCAGUAUUUCUUCUUAGAAACUGUGUAUGUCGACCCUUUGCUGCCAGAUGAUAAAAGCGGCAUAUGAAAUUCUGUUUGUAUAGCUCUAUGCGUGAAUUGUCUCUAUAAUGACAUGUUUUGGCUAAAUAUUUAAUCUAUUUUUAAUAUGAUGUACAGGUUUUAUAUCA